AUGUUAUUCCUGUGUUUCACGAUUCUACUAGGUCUUAGCUACGCCGCAACGCAGCAAGUCUUGCGACCUGAGAAUGAUGACGGCUUUCGCAUUAUACAAAGUCAAACUUCGCCGGAACACUCGAUCCGUAUUCGAAAACAAAACGAAUCACUCUGCGCGGCCAAUUCAGCACAGUACACAGGUUGGCUUGAUGUUGGACGGAGACAUCUAUUUUUUUGGUACUUUGAAAGCCAGAACGACCCCGCCAAAGACCCAUUAAUCCUGUGGAUGACAGGUGGGCCCGGGGUGUCUAGUAUGAUCGGUCUAUUUAAUGAGGUCGGUCCUUGCCUUGUCAACGAGCACGGAAAUGGUACCGACUACAACCCAUGGGGCUGGUCUCGAAACUCGUCGUUACUUUUUGUUGAUCAGCCUGUUGGGGUUGGGUUCUCUUACCUCGAAGAGGGCGAUGAUCUACCCAGCGACUCGGCUGGGGCUGCGGUGGAUAUGCACCGAUUUCUGCAUCUAUUUGUUUCAGAAGUAUUUCCACACCACCUUAAUAGCCCAUUGCAUCUAUCGGGUGAAUCAUAUGCGGGAAAAUAUAUCCCGGCUCUCGGUUCUCAGAUAGUGAAACAAAACAAACUCUAUCCCUCUGAGACUCAGAUCCAGCUUCGAUCGUGUCUGGUGGGAAACGGUUUAAUGUCGCCGAAAGAUGGGAUUUUCGGAUACUGGGAAACACUAUGUACCACUAACCCAGGCGUUUCAGAACCGGUGUUCAACAAAACCAGAUGCGAUACCAUGGCUGCUAGCAUGCCUCGAUGCAUGGAAGUUAUGGACAUUUGCAUCAGAAACCCAGAUCCAGCUGUGUGUAAUGCCGCGGUAUCGGUUUGCUAUGAAGGAGUUAUGAGUUGGUACGAUGACGAGUCGUCGUACGCGGGCGGCCGCAACAGAUUCGACAUCACGGUGCCUUGUGAAGUGGACUACAUGUGCUACGUUGAGGCUGUCCGCGUCGAAGAGUACCUGAACACUCCAACUAUCUGGAACGCACUCUCGGUUCCGAAGCAGAUUGAUAAGUUCAAUAUCUCCUCCGAUGCGAUUGGCCGAUCUUUUGAAAGGACCUCAGACCGAGAGACGUCCGUGUCGGAUCAAGUUGCUUUCCUGCUUCAGAACCAAGUUCACUAUCUAGCUUAUCAAGGCAAUAGCGACCUUGCUUGUAACACCGCUGGAAAUCUUCGCUGGGCGAAUUCGCUUGUCUGGAAAGGACAGCCUGAGUUUACCUCCAAGUCGUUGCGGCCGUGGAAAUCAGCGCUUGCUGCAACUGGCCAAGACGAGAUCGUUGGAACAAUGAAAGAGGUCCGAGUCCGGACAAGUGAUACCGCAAAAAUUGAAUCACGGUUUGCUAUCGUGACUGUGGAUCAUGCAGGUCACAUGCUGCCGCAAGAUCGCCCUGAUGUGGCAUUCGAUGUGAUGACACGGUGGAUCAGCGGAGCUACUUUUAAUUGA